UCUACUUCCGGUUGGAGUUAGUACCUCACAGCGAACACACGCAGGGAACAGCGCUCGGUAAGAAGACGCUAUGGAUACAUUAUUCGAUCCGGUCGGAGUUAGUACCUCACAGCGAACACAGGCAGGGAACAGCGCUCGGUAAGAAGACGCUAUGGAUUCAUUAUUCGAGUACAUAGAUAGUAAGAAGGAGGCCUACAUCCAACGGCUGAAAGAUGCAGUGGCCAUCAAAAGUGUGUCGGCAUGGCCGGAAACCCGUGGAGACAUCACGACAAUGGUUAAAUGGACACAAAAGCUGAUGGAUGAUCUCGGUGCAGAGACUGAGCUUAAGGAGCUUGGAGACCAAGACCUUGGUGGAGGUAGCAAAAUUCCACUUCCUCCUGUCCUGCAAGGUGUACUUGGCAAGGACCCCUCCAAGAAGACCCUGCUUGUGUAUGGACAUCUGGAUGUACAACCAGCUCGGAAGGAGGACGGCUGGGACCAAGACGAUCCAUUCAAGGCCAUACUGAAGGAUGGCAAGAUCUACGGCAGGGGUUCAACAGACGACAAGGGCCCAGUACUGGCAUGGAUUAACUGUCUGGAAGCAAUGAAGGAAAACAAAAUGCCUGUCCCAGUUAACCUCAAGUUUAUGUUUGAGGGGAUGGAAGAGUGCGGGUCUGAUGGACUGGACGAUUUGGUCAACAGCAGCAAGGAUACCUUCCUGAAGGAUGUGGACUAUGUGUGUAUAUCAGACAAUUACUGGCUUGGGAAGACAAAGCCGUGUGUAACAUACGGCUUGAGAGGAAUUUGCUACUUUUUCCUGGAGAUAGAUUGUUCCAACAAAGAUCUUCACUCUGGAUUGUAUGGUGGUACUGUACACGAGGCUAUGGUGGAUCUGGUGGGUGUCCUCGGCACAUUGGUAGACAGUAAAGGCAACAUCCUCAUCCCAGGAAUCGGCGAUUCUGUAGCCGAACUUACUGAGGAGGAACGCCAGAAAUAUGACCCCAUUGACUUCUCACCGGAGGAGUACCAGCAGGACACUGGCUGUCAUGCUCUGAUACAUGACAACAAACAAGACAUACUGAUGCACCGUUGGAGGUAUCCUUCUCUCUCCAUCCAUGGAAUCGAGGGAGCCUUCAGUGACACUGGAGCUAAGACAGUUAUCCCAAGGAAAGUAAUUGGAAAAUUCUCUGUCCGCCUUGUGCCAGACCAAACCCCGGAAGAAAUAGAAAGACUUGUCAAGAAACAUGUGGAGGAAAAGUUCAGGGAAAGAAACAGCCCCAAUCAUAUGAAGCUGACUAUGGGACAUGGUGGGAAACCCUGGGUCAGUGAUUACAACGAUCCAAAUUUUGUGGCUGGGAGAAAAGCCAUGAAAACUGUGUAUGGUGUUGAGCCGGACUUGACCCGCGAAGGUGGCAGCAUUCCAGUGACCUUGACCUUCCAGGAAGCAACCAAGAAAAAUGUUAUGCUGCUCCCGCUUGGUUGUUCAGAUGAUGGUGCACACUCCCAGAACGAGAAAAUGGACGUAGUCAACUAUAUCAAUGGGAUUAAAGUGAUGGGCGCCUACAUGGAUGAGCUCGCCAAAUUGUGAAGUUUUUGAUGUUGUGACCACUGAACAAUUAUGUGCAUAAUUGCCAAUAUUCAGCUAGUUGGUCAAACAGGUGUAUGAAGUGACGUGUGGAGAUUAAGACAUUUACCUAUCUAUAGCAAGCUUGAUCACAUCACAGCCUAAUGCUUUUAUUUUCAGUCAUUUCAUCUUAAAACACAAAUGAUAAAUUUUAUAAAAAAAUAUUACAGGAACUUCUUUAACAGUUUACCUAGGCGAUUAAAUAGGAAACAACCAUGUAUUACAUUAUCUUUAUUUUCAUGUUGAAUUUCGGUAAGUAUUGUAGAUGGUAUUGGUAUUUUCUGGUAUUAUGGGCGAGUGCUUUUAACGAUCAAACACAGCUAGUGCAGCUAAAAGGAACAUUUCAAUACAAAUUAUUUUCAUAUCUAUUGUACAAGACUGUCAAAGCUUGUAUACCCAGUCACUUGUUUUAAGGAUACUGCUUACUAAAUGUACUAACAGUGUGUGGUAAAUGGAACCUAGUUCCUAGAAUCUUGUGAAGGGAGACACCCAACUGGCUCACGUUGGAUCUACAGUUAUUAUGGAUGUGUUGAAGCCUUAAUGAUCAGGUUUCCCUGGGGUUUUAUUCAGUGUGUGUAUAUUUAUGGAGUAUAUUUCUGCUCUAUACAUAGAAAUAUAAUAUAUUUUUUUCAUAUACAUGUAUAUGUUGUGUAACUUUUAAAGAUUGGUCAAGGAUUUAGUGUCUGCAGUAAAAUCAUAUAAUUUGUUCAUUGGUGUAUUGUAUCCCAGAAUACUGUAUACAGAGAAAUUUUUGCCACAGUUAAAACUUAUGUCAUUUUUGCCCACCCCAAUAAGGGCGAACUUAUCAGAAAGGUUAAACUACGUUCACAGCAUAUUAGAUAUAGUAAUUUCAUAAAAUGGGCAAAACUAAAAUUGGGCCAAUAAAGAUUUUACAAGUGAAGUUUGAAUGGACGAUAAUUUGACAGUAUACAGUAUUUUAUGAAUUACCUGUGGCCAGGUAUGAAUUACCUGUGGCCAGGUAUGCUGUUACAGUACGUCUGCUGUAAUGAAGUUAUUCAAUAUUUACCUGCACAAGUACUUACAGGGAACAGUGCACUGGUGAUUAUAACAUGGUUUUGGAUUUGUUUUUUAGAUGUUACAGUACAUUAAGUCUGCUGUAUUGAAGUUUUUCAAUAUUUACCUUCACAAGUAAUUACAGGGAACAGUACACUGGUGAUUAUAACAUGGUUUUGGAUUUGUUUUUUAGAUGUUACAGUACAUUAAGUUUGCUGUAUUGAAGUUUUUCAAUAUUUACCUUCACAAGUAAUUACAGGGAACAGUACACUGGUGAUUAUAACAUGGUUUUGGAUUUGUUUUUUAAUAAAAUAAACACUUCAAAAUAAAAUGAAAUGCAUUUA